AUGACGCACUGGUGGCGCUCCGCCGCCGGCCACCUCCGAACGGUGGCGGUGAGCCGUUUUUCCUCGUCGGUAUUCCGGCGCAGCCAUUACCAUACGAUUCAAGCCAUCCCAAGGGAGUGCACUGGCAGCAAAGUCUCAGCGAGAGACCGAAUGCAAGGUCGAAUACCUGCCGUCGUUUUCUUCCAGAACCUUCUUGAUAAAAAUCUCGACGGUCGAUCGCAAUCGAAGAAGCACUUGCUCACCGUCGAAAAGAAGCAGAUUAAGGCCAUUCUCAAUUCCUUCGACGUCCCUUACUUCUGCUCCACCCGCUUCCCGCUCCAGAUCCGUGCCGGAUCCGGGUCCUCUCAUUUGGUUGAAUCCGGAACCGUGUUACCUAUCAAGAUUCAUAAGGACGAAGAGAGUGGGCAGAUUCUGAAUUUGGUCUUUGUUUGGGCUGAGGACGGAAUGAAAUUGAAGGUGGAUGUGCCUGUUGUUUUCAAAGGGGAGGAUGUUUGUACUGGUAUUCAGAAAGGAGGAUUUUUGAACAAGAUCAGACCUAGUCUAAAAUACCUUGGCCCGUCUGAGCACAUUCCUUCAAAAAUUGUUGUGGAUGUGAGCAAUCUAGAUAUUGAAGAUAGAAUAUUCAUUCGUGACAUUGAGGUUCACCCAUCCUUGAAGCUUCUCAGUAAGAAUGAAAACAUGCCCAUAUGUAAAGUAGUUCCAAUAAGUUUGGGAAACAAAGAACCUAUCGUGGAGUGA